AAAACGGUCACAUUUCGAAAAAUUUCGGUUCGCGGAAACCUCCCACUCCUCUUCGUCUCUGGAGUUUCUUCGAUCUUGAAGGAAGCUGGAGAUCUUCUAGAGGAAAGAACAUGCCAUUUUUUUAGGCAUGUUGUCCUUUAGCCGUUAGUAAUUAGUACGCAUUACCACUUGGGACCACCGAACUUGGAUCAGGAAGUUAGAGAUCACAACCAUAAAAUCGCGCCCAGGUUGUAUAACUUAGAGAUUUCUGAACACGUUAUUCAGAAAAGGAACAAGGCAAAAAAAUCUGUUUCUCGUUGGAAAGCCUCUAUCCAUUAUUUUUUUCCCAUUAUUAAGGGUGUUGAUUUAUGCAACAUAUCAGGAGAAGUUGUGAUUCUUCCUCUGGACAUCUGUAAAUAGUAAACUGCCAGACUCAAUUGUUACCCCGCAUAACUGAGAUGGCAACAACUAGGGUACCUAGUACCCCGGCUUCAAGGUUAGGAAAAGUACCUACAUCUGCACCUUGUACUCCAUCUUCAAAGGUAGAAAAACAGCCAACAUCAGCAGCUAGUACUCCGGCUUCAAAGCUAGAAAAACUGCCAACAUCAGCACCUUGCACUCCAGCUUCAAAGCUGUUAGAAAGAAUACCAAUGUCUACCCCUGGGGGUUCCAGAGCUAAAGAGGAGAAGAUUUUUGUUACAGUCCGUUUGAGGCCUUUAAGCAAGAAAGAACAAGCAGCAAAAGAUCAAGUAGCAUGGGAACCUGUUAAUGACCUUACAAUUGUAUUCAAGACUUCCUCUCAAGAUCGUGCAAGUUCAACAGCCUCGUAUACCUUCGACAGAGUAUUUGGUCCAUCUUGUUUAACUGAGACAAUCUACAAAGAGGGAGCCAAGGAUGUAGCAUUGUCAGCACUGAUGGGAAUUAAUGCUACUAUUUUUGCUUACGGUCAGACAAGCAGUGGGAAAACAUACACUAUGAGAGGGAUAACUGAGAAUGCUGUAAAUGAUAUAUACAAGCACAUCGAGAAUACUCCAGAUAGGGAUUUUAUUAUCAAGAUCUCUGCAAUGGAAAUUUACAAUGAGGUAGUACAUGACUUGUUAAAACCAGAUUCUGGUCCUCUUCGGCUAUUAGAUGACCCUGAGAAAGGAACCAUUGUUGAGAAACUGGAAGAAGAAACAGCAAAAGAUGAUCAGCAUUUGAGGCAUCUGAUUGCCAUCUGUGAAGCAAAAAGGCAGGUUGGUGAAACUGCUUUGAACGAUACCAGCUCCAGAUCACACCAGAUAAUUAGACUGACAGUUGAGAGUUGCCUACGUGAGAAAUCCGGCUGCGUGAAGUCUUUCGUAGCUAACCUUAACUUGGUGGACCUUGCAGGGAGUGAGAGGGCCUCCCAAACUCAUGCAGAUGGUGCCAGACUGAAAGAAGGCUGCCAUAUAAAUCGCAGUUUGUUGACUCUUACUACUGUUAUUAGAAAGCUAAGUGUUGGAAAAAGAAGUGGGCACGUACCGUACAGGGAUUCAAAGUUAACACGGAUAUUACAAUUCUCUCUUGGAGGAAAUGCAAGGACUGCAGUUAUUUGUACCAUGAGUCCCGCACUCAGCCAUGUAGAACAAUCCCGCAACACACUCUUCUUUGCUACUUGUGCAAAGGAAGUCACCAACUCUGCACAGGUUAAUAUGGUUGUAUCAGACAAACAAUUAGUUAAGCACCUGCAAAAAGAAGUUGCGAGACUUGAAGCAGAGUUGCGUACACCAGAACCAUCAUCAUCUUUGUGUUCAGAGACUCUUUUAAUGGAGAAAGAGUUGAAAAUUAAAAAGAUGGAAAUGGAAAUGGAAGAACUAAAGCGGGAGAGAGAUCUUGCAAAAUCACAAUUGGAUAAUCUGCAGAAGAAAGUAAAUGAUGAUCAGACUGUGUUAAAUCCAUCAGAAUUGUCACCUCAUCGAGUGGCAAAAUGUCUCACAUUUUGUGGUCCAUCUGUUCGGGCUAUAGACCGAGCAAAAAACCCAAUGAGGCAGUCAUCCACUGCACCGACCAUGCUUAUGCAUGAGAUUCGUAAACUUGAACAUUUACAAGAGCAGCUUGGGGAAGAAGCAAACCGAGCAUUAGAAGUCUUACAAAAGGAGGUGGCCUGCCACCGGCUAGGAAACCAAGAUGCUGCUGAAACAAUUGCUAAACUUCAAGCUGAAAUUAAAGAAAUGCGUACAGUGAGAUCUCUAACCAAGGAGGUUGAUGUAGGAAAUGUGAAUUGUGGCCGGAACCCUGGUGCGAAUCUUAAGGAAGAAAUCACAAGACUCCAUUCUCAAGGAAGCACUAUUGCUAAUCUUGAGCAACAGUUGGAAAAUGUCCAGAAGUCGAUAGACAAGCUAGUGAUGUCCCUUCCUAGUAAUUUCCAGUCAGAAGAGACUGCUCCCAAGUCAUCCCCCAAGAACCAAUCCAAGAAGAAGAAGAUGCUUCCGUUGAAUUUAAGCACCAACAUAAACCGGCCAAAUCUUAUAAGAUCCCCUUGUUCUCCUCUCUCAUCUUCUCGAAAGGUGUUAGAAUCUGAGGUGGAGAACAGGGCCCCUGAGGAUAACAUAUCCCAUGAGGCUGUGUUGUGUUCCGAGAAAGCAACUCCAACAAAGAAGGAGGAUGCUGGGGAUAUCUCAUCAAGAGAAAGCACACCCUGCCACCAGCGUUCAAGCUCUGUGAACAUGAGGAAGAUGCAAAAGAUGUUCCAAAAUGCAGCAGAGGAGAAUGUUAGAAGUAUAAAAGCAUAUGUUACUGAGCUCAAGGAACGGGUUGCCAAACUUCAAUACCAGAAGCAGCUCCUAGUAUGCCAGGUGUUGGAAUUGGAAGCAAAUGAAGCCGCAGGGAAUGAGGCAUCAGAGGAUGAUGAGAAUACUUCUGAACAGCAGAAGUCCCCUGAUACAUGGAGGAAUAUCUUUAAUGAGCAGAUGAAGAAGAUCAUUGAGUUAUGGGAUAUUUGCCAUGUAUCAAUAAUACAUAGAACUCAAUUCUACUUGCUAUUCCGCGGUGAUCCAGCUGAUCAGAUAUAUAUUGAGGUGGAGCUUAGAAGGUUGGCUUGGCUACAACAGCACCUCUCAGAGGUUGGAGAUGCAAGCCCUGCUCAUACUGGAGAGGAUACCAUUGUUUCUCUCUCAUCAAGUAUCAGAGCACUGAGGCAGGAGAGGGAAUUCCUUUCCAAAAGGGUUAACUCACGCUUAACUGAAGAAGAGAGAGAGCGUUUGUACAGAAAGUGGCAAGUCCCCCUCGAUGGAAAGCAGAGGAAGCUUCAAUUGGUAAACAAGCUCUGGACUGACACCGAGAAUAAAGCUCAUAUUGAGGAGAGUGCCGAUAUAGUGGCUCGGUUGGUGGGAUUUUGUGAAGGUGGUAAUGUCACCAAGGAGAUGUUCGAGCUAAAUUUUUCUUUGCCAGCAAAUAAGAGAUCAUGGCUUCUUGGAUGGCAACCGAUAUCCAACCUACUGAGGCUGUGAGUAAAAGUUGUUCUGAGUCAUCAAUGUACAGUAUUGAUAGAAAUACUGUACUGGAAACUGCUACUUCACAUUCUUAUGGCAUUUUAUCCUUAGAAAUAGUUGUGAUCCUUCACAUUUUUUAUUCCUAUUCUUUUAAGUAGUACCUGUUAAUAUCCCCUCUUCCAAUCAGUUGGUUGUCUAUAUUACAGUAUGGUUACUCGAUGCAUAUUCUGCCAUAUCGGAAACUACUGUGUUAAAUCCUCAUGGUAUUUCAACUUGAGAAAUUGUUGCAAAUCCUUCUCAA